AGCGAACUUUUAGGAAUUGUAGUCCGCUGAGAAUACAAUGUUACCACGAAAUUCGGAUCUCACUAUGUAUUACGAGAACGAGCCUUGCUAAUCUUAAAGAUAGUUCGAAUAUUUUAGAAAUAAUUUUCAACGAGUGCUACGUAAUCACUUGUUUGACGACAGAAUUCAAGAUCACAUGCAUGAAAUUUGAUGAGCACGCUUAAUAAUCGGGUUGGUUUUUUUAUAAGUACUCAUCCCAUGAAUAAUUCAUAUCUGUCAUAUCUUUCUUUACAUUAAGAGACCACUGCUCUAUAAAAGUAAUUAAAGAUGUUUUUACAAAAAAUUAGUUUGUUAAUGUCACUCUUAUCACCUCUUGCGUGGUUUAUUUGGUUCACUUAUGCUGUGAUCCUUCCCUUGUGCACGUUUCUAGGUUGGCUGGCUUUACCAUUCGUCUUUUUUGCUUUAGUUAUCGCUGAUGUAUUCGUUAUUAUUCAGUUAUUGAAAGUAACUUAUUCAGAAGACGACGAAUAUGAAACAUUUUUAACUACUCGAGAAGCUCUUAAAACUAUUUUCCCAGAAGCCUCUAAUAAAGAUAUUAAAAAGUAUGAUAAACAACUUGAUAAAGUGAAAGAUUUUGAACCUGUGCUUAUAAUCUCUCCAAAUCACAAUUGGAUAAAUCAACAUACAUUACAAAAUUAUCAAAUGGUGAUGAAUGCAUUUGCGAUCGAUAGUCUCCAACAAAAUAACCGCAGAGAUGGAAAUUCACUUCUUAUAUUUCACUUUUCAACUAUGACUGAACUCUACACUGUACGCCAAAACGUUCGCACACUUCACCCUAAUGCGUACUUUAACCCUGUAGCUCAGCCUAAACAGGAACCAAUUGGUGCUGCUUGGAUAUUUUAUAAGGUGGGAGCAAGUAAAUGUGAUUUUGGAGAAGAUGAUAAUUUCUUUAUAUGCUAGAUGAACAACUUUUUAUAACGAAAUUAUCUAAACAUCCUAUUAACUACUUACUGUGCUAAAAAAUUCAAAUAAAUUGAUGGUUUAAAGUCGUAUGUAUCAUUGGUCAAUUGAAUUUUUUUUUUUUUUACAUUUCAUAAUUGUUCAAUUUACCAAAAAU